AAGAAGUUUACAUCCGCUAACAAAAUUGUCAAACCAAAACCAUUAAUAACUAGUUGCGGACCUCAUUUCAGCUAACUUAUUUUAAUUUACGCAAUUCAUUGGACAGUAACACUGGACAUACCUUUUGUCAUUUUCCCUAUGAUGACGUUUCACUUGUACUAUUAUACCACAAAUUGGUCAAAAAAUUUUUAUGUAUACCCCCGUCUUCGACUAUUAUUUCAUAUAUAUAUAUGGCCGCACCAAGCAUUUUAUACUCAUUUUCAAUACAACUGAAAAGGAUUUAAAGUUUAUUUCAUUCUCACACAGUAACAAGAUGAAGAUAUUUAUUCUGCUUUUGUCAUCAUGUUUGGUGUUCGGACACCCGAUAGAAGAUAUAGAUUGCUCAUCUUUGAGUGAAGAAGAAAAAGCAAUGACACCCGAAUGUUCAGAAAGUGAUGAUAUAUCAUUGAUUAGGAAAUGUUUGGAAUUACCAUUACCUGAUCGAGAUGAUGAUGACGACUGCAAAAAUCUAAUGGUAACAGGAACCACUGAGGUAAAACGAUGCAUGGCACUUCCUAUCUCACAAAUUGUUGUUGAUCGAGAAUGCGAGAAGUUAAAGAUAUCAGGAAUCGAAGAUGAGGAUAGUGUUGUAGAUGUAAUAGCCACAAUGAACAAAUGUCUCGACAUUCCUGUAAACACUCGACAACACAAUGCUGAUUGCAAGAAAUUAAUGGACACGGGUAGUGAAGUCGUAAAGAAGUGCUUAAAGCUGACAAAAGAAGCUGCUAUGGUAGAUCAACAAUGCAAAAAUUUGACCACUCAGGGCACAGGAGAUGAAGAAGAACUUUUUGAAGAUUCUACAGCUUUCACGAUUACGCGGUGCCUGGAGCUUCCAUUGACUGUUCGCAAAGAAGAUGAAGAUUGCAAAAAUUUGAUAGAAACAGGAGGUGAAGUUGUGAAAAGAUGCAUGAAACUUUCUCUGUCAGAAAUAUCUCAAGACUCUGAAUGUAUGAGCCUAAAAAUAACUGGAAUUGAAGAUGAAGAACUUUUUGAUGAAACUGUCACCAUUAAGAGAUGCUUGGAUCUUCCAUUAGCUAUUCGGCUUAAAGACGACGAUUGUAAGAAUGUAAUGGAUACUGGGAGUGCUGUUGCAAGAAGAUGCAUGUCUCUCCCACUGUCAGAAAUUUCGGAAGACUCAGAAUGCAUGAACCUAAAGACAAUUGGAAUGGAAGAUGAGGAGAUCUUUGAUGAUAUGACAAGUGGCACGGUCAAAAGAUGUCUGGAGUUACCAAAAAAUACUCGAGUCCAAGAUGAAGAUUGUCAAAAUUUAAUGACCACAGGAACUGAUGAAGUAAAACGAUGCUUGUCACUCUCUUUGUCUCAAAUUAUGGUUGAUCAAGAAUGCAUGAAAUUAACUUCUGAAAUGGAAGAUGAGGAUGGUACUGAAGAUGUGAUUGCCAGUAGGUUAAUUCCUCUUAUCCCUAUCUCUUUCAAGUGCAGUAUUGAACAAAUGUCUUGA